GGCGGACGCUGGCACUGUAUUCGCUUUCCAACCCCGGUCUGCGCACCGCUGUGACUGGAUAUGUGUUUUUAGAGCUAUUAACACACGUGCUUCUACUUUAUAGCAUGUGAAAGGAGGACGCGCACACACACUCUCUUGGUAAAGCCUGCGGUGGUGGAGAUGCCAUGCCUCGGAACCACGGCGGAGAUGAAGGCGGCAGCUGUUCUGGGCUCUGGAUGAGGACUUCGCCGGGUAAAGAUGUGGAGUCGGGGCGGAGGGUGACGAUGAUGAACAGCGCGGGAGACGGGUUGCUUUCCGCCUCCUCUGGCUCCUCGGCUGCAGGUGGAACGGGGUCCGACAGCCUGAGAGGGAAGCAAGGAGCGCGGCUGAGUCUCUUGGGCAAACCGCUCAUCUACAGCGCACAGAGCGGCCGCAGGAACGUCCGAUACCGCCGCCUCCAAAACUAUCUGUACAACGUGCUGGAGCGACCACGAGCCUGGGCCUUCAUAUACCAUGCCUUUGUGUUUAUCCUGGUGUUCAGCUGCCUGGUCCUUUCUGUGUUCUCCACUAUCCCUGCGCACCAAGACACCUCCUCCUACUCUCUGCUCAUUCUGGAGUUCGUGAUGAUCGUGGUCUUUGGUCUGGAGUAUAUAAUCCGUAUUUGGUCGGCCGGAUGCUGUUGUCGUUACCGAGGAUGGCAGGGCCGUCUACGGUUUGCCAGGAAGCCUUUCUGCGUCAUAGACAUCAUUGUGCUGAUUGCGUCCGUGGCGGUGGUCUCCGCGGGGAGUCAGGGGAACAUCUUUGCUACGUCUGUGCUGCGGAGCCUGCGCUUCCUGCAGAUUCUCCGCAUGGUGCGGAUGGACAGGAGAGGAGGCACCUGGAAACUCCUGGGCUCUGUGGUCUAUGCACACAGCAAGGAAUUGGUGACUGCCUGGUACAUUGGUUUUCUUGUUCUCAUCUUUUCUUCAUUCCUGGUCUAUCUGGUGGAGAACAAGUUUAACAAAGAGUUUGCGACCUACGCUGAUGCUCUGUGGUGGGGCACGAUCACCUUGACAACCAUUGGUUAUGGAGACAAGACACCAAAGACGUGGACAGGACGGAUGUUGUCUGCAGGCUUCGCCCUCCUGGGGAUCUCCUUCUUUGCCUUGCCAGCGGGCAUUCUGGGCUCAGGCUUCGCCCUCAAAGUUCAGGAGCAGCAUCGGCAAAAGCACUUUGAGAAGAGGAGAAACCCAGCUGCCUACCUCAUCCAGUGUGUGUGGCGUAGUUAUGCGGCUGAUGAGAACUCAGUUUCCAUUGCUACCUGGAAGCCUCACUUGAAGGCGUUGCAUACCUGCAGUCCCACAAAGAAGGAGCAGGGCGAGUCCAACACAAGCCAAAAGUUGAGUUUCAAAGAGCGCGUGCGGAUGGCUAGCCCCCGUGGUCAGACCAUCAAGAACCGGCAGACCUCUUCAAUGAACGACCGACGCUCUCCAGUGGCGGAUGCUGGUAAUGAGGGCACGAGUCCAGCUAAGGUCCAGAAGAGCUGGAGCUUCAAUGAUCGCACGCGCUUCAGACCCUCACUGCGCCUAAAGAGCCAGUCACGCUCCACUACAGAUGCAGAUUCCAACAUGGCCGCCGAGGAUGCCUUUGAUGACAAGGGCUGCCACUGUGAGAUCUCGGUAGAAGACCUGCUGCCCUCAGUCAAGACUGUCAUUAGAGCUGUUAGGAUCAUGAAGUUUCACGUGGCCAAGAAGAAGUUCAAGGAGACGCUGCGUCCGUACGAUGUGAAGGACGUGAUCGAGCAGUAUUCUGCUGGACACUUGGACAUGCUCUGCCGCAUCAAGAGCCUACAAACCCGGUUGGACACGAUAGUAGGCCCCCAGUCUCUGAGCAGCCGAGCGCGGAUGUUUUCCUCCCCCUCCCUGCCUGUGUAUUACAGCCAGGGCCGAAAGAACUCCACCCAGGGAGUGGACCAGAUCCUAGGCAAAGGUCAGAUUCCUCUGGACAAGAAGAUCCGAGAGAAGUUGCUCUCAGAAGGAGACCUCCUGGAGGACAUGAGCAUGUUGGGCCGCGUCUGCAAAGUGGAAAGACAGGUCCAGUCCAUUGAGUCAAAGCUGGAUUCUCUCCUGGACAUCUAUCGGCAGGUUUUGAGAAAAGGCUCGUCCUCUGCGCUCACUCUGGCCUCUCUGCCUCUGUUUGAGCUGGAACAGACGUCGGACUAUCAUUCCUCUGUCUUCAGUAAAGACGUGUCCUGCUCCACUCAGGUCAGCAGUGGCACAGCGCCCUCUACAGGCUGUGUCACACGCUCCUCCACGAGCUCUCACCUGUCCCAGGGAGGAUUGCACCUGGUCCUGGCCCCACCCAAUGAGCUUAAUCUGAAUCUGAAUGCCUCCUCCUCCACCCCUCCUUCCACCUUCAGCCCCUCACCUCUGCCACAUCACAACCACCAUCACCACUACCCCCCUCGACGCCACCGCCAGCCCCCCACCCCCGAGAGCGCAGAUGAGGUGGUUGGCAGCUCUCCACCCGUCCUUACCCCAAACAGUGUCUCCAGUGGGGGCUUGGGAGACGGAAGCUUCCCUCUCCUGGCCAGGCUCCCUCCUCCACCCCCUCCCAGCAGAAAUGGAGGGACAAACAAGUUGGUGCGGGCUGCCUCUAUAGAAGUUCCACCCGAAAUAAAUGACUUAGUUGGAGGGCUGGGGACGCAGGGAGAGGUGGAGGACCCUGGCCCAAGAGAGCAUGUAGGUGUGAGUCUGGGGCUGAACCGCCUGGGCCUCCAGCUGCAGGGUGGUACGAACAACACCAAGCUGAACGCCAAGGAGGAGGGCUCCUGGAGAAGGCACAUGAGUCUGGAGCUGGAGCCCCUCGUGGCUCCUGUGCGGAGUUGCUGCUCUGGGACCGUCCCAGUGGACAGGGGCCUGGGCAAGUCCAUGUCUGUACAGGACCUCAUCCAGAGACGCCAGAACAGCCAGGACUUCUGUCUAUCCUCGCCCACCCCCAGCACCAGCAGCGACUCCCCCAUUGGCUUCCACUGCAGUCAAGACUCAGGCGGAGGGGGGGGCGGGCCCCGGAGCAGUGGAGGGUGGGGGGAAGAGGACCUCUUCAUCAGCGACAGGGACACAGAAGGACCAGGCUUUGACUUUCUCUCCUCACAGGGCUCAUCUGAAGCCAAAUUCACCUCGGAGCUGCUUAGGACUGGAGCCAGGACCAUGGGCUCCAACCAGAGCCUGACCAGUGGGCACACCUCCUCCCCCUCCACCGGCAGCACCGAAUUACUCAACAUGCCCCAUGUGCGGCUAAAGUAGACCUCCACUCACAGACACUCUUAUGCUUUUGAAUGAAAUAGGAUAUAAUAAGGGGACUAUUUUUGUUUAAUCUUCUUUGACAAGAAUCACAGUAUUUUCAUACAGGCUGAUCACUUAGGAUAUAUCAUUGCACGAGUUGUUCUUUAUUUUUUAAUAGAUUAUAUCUAAUAGAGUAAAUGAAGGAUCUGUGGUUGAUUUGACACAGAGCUUAUGGUUAAUGUUUGCUCUGAUGCCCAAAGACCUGAGACCUGAGAUGCAGCAUGAGCCUUGCAUGUUUGAGUUAAAGGAACAAGACAGAAGACACUGGCAGUUUACAAGUGAUGAAGAAAUGCUUGAAUGCCAAAACUCCAAGAGCCAUUUUUACUAAAAAGGGCCUCAUCAUUACUAAUCUGCGCAGGUGUACACAUUUAUCUGAGUCAAAUUUUAUGUGGGAGCAUGUGCUGCCACCUGCUGCCAUAUGAAUGUAUAACAUUUCUGUGUCUACUUUUUUAGUAUUUGUGAUUUCCCCCAAAAUACAAGCAUUGUCAAGUUUCAAGUAUUGUAAUGAUUAUAAUGAUUACCAACUUUUUUGCUUAUAAUAUGUGGCAACAUUUUGUAAAAUGUCUAAUCAUGACUGAAAGAAGAGGUGAUAAACCUUGUAUAUAAAAUACAAUAUGGUCUAAUUUAGACACAAAGAUUAACUUAAAAAACAACAAACACAAAUCCUUACCACAAACAUUAACAACAGUUAGACUAAACUGCCAAAAACAACAAUUCAUAUGCAGCUAUAUAUAUGUUUUGUUUGAUUUGCAUCCUUGUGCUUUUCAUACAGGGUAAUGUAGGCUCUUGUUUAUUUCCUUUAAGUAGACUUUGCAGAAUGUAUUGCUUAUAUUUAUACACACAGGCACGAUCACUAUGACUUAAACUGCUGGUCAGUGACAUGAAGGAAUUACCACUCACAUUUUGCACGGUACAAAUUUUGACUGAGAAGUGACUGAUUCAGCACAAAGUAAUGCCCUUAAAGGUGCUCUAUGUAACAUUUCUGGAAGAGGGUUCGUCACCUGCUUGUCUCCAUAUGAUGUUAUUAUGUUGCC